CGACCUUUGUGUCGCCUUGGUGUAGUAGUCGGUGGAUCGAGAGCGACGGUGGCACGUUUAUCGAUCGUCACGUGAUACGUCAGAGCCAGCUAAUCAGACGAGCCCGCGAGUCUAGCGAGUCUGCCCCUCUUUAGGGAUUUCAAGCUCGUACCGGCGGCGGUACGUGUCGAUCGAGCGGAAAGUUUCCAUCGUGACCAACCGACACGCGAGAGCCGCUUGCUAGUUCCGUCCCGGCAGCCGAGUGAAACUGGCCUUCCAGCCACGUCCAACCAUUUUCCUCCGAUUUUCCAGCGGCGGAGGAAAUCCAUGCCCGACAUGGGAUCUUCCUCAACGGAGUGGAAAAUGUUUGGCUUUUGGGUUUCCACCCUUCUUCUAACGAUUCGGCACACAGAUGCCGCGCAAACGGAGCCGUUCGUCAUUAGCAACACGUUGGAUCAAGACGUCGCCAAGGAGUACUUUAUCGGGCCGUGUCUAGUGAAUACGAAUCAGACAUGCCCCGACAAAGAGGUCACGUUCUACCUGUACACGCAGAGAAAUCCCAACGCGAGCCAGCAGAUCCUGGUCACGGAGGACAGCUCGAACUUGGAACAGACGCGUUUCGAGCCUUCGAGACCCACCAAGAUCGUGGUGCACGGUUACGACUCUGACAUGGAACUCUCUUACCUGGUGGACGUGCGAAGGGAAUAUCUGAGAACUUACGAUUACAACGUGAUCGCCGUUGACUGGCAUCGUCUGGCCAACGCGCCUUGCUACCCGAUCGUCGUGCAGAAUGUGCCGCAUGUGGGCGAUUGUUUAGCCCAGCUGAUAGAGAGGCUGCGAGACGUCGGCGCUGUGGAUAUCCACGUGAUCGGCUUCAGCCUGGGCUCGCACGUGCCCGCGUUCUCGGCCGUAGCUCUGAGACCGUACAAGAUACCGAGGAUCACCGGUUUAGAUCCCGCCAUGCCGUUAUUCGUCACCGUGGACAACGAUCACAAAUUAGACGCGUCGGACGCGGACUUCGUCGACGUGUUCCACACGAACGCGUUCAUCCAGGGCCAGGUGGCGACGAGCGGGCACAUAGAUUUCUAUAUGAACGGUGGGAUCAACCAGCCAGGUUGUUGGGAGAGAUGGUGGAACCCGUUCAAGUGCGACCAUCACAGAUCCGUGAUGUAUUUCGCCGAGUCGAUCAACACGAAGGUGGGUUUCUGGGGCUGGAAAUGCGGAGGGUUCUCCAUGUAUCUGCUCGGUCUGUGCCCACCGCGGUAUCCGGCUGUUUUGGCCGGCGACAAGGUGGAUAAGAAGAGGAGAGGCUUCCAUCUGGUGAAGACGAACGCGCACAGUCCGUACGCGAUGGGGAAUUUCAGCGUGAAUCAGUUGGACAUGUACACGUAAACUCGCGGCAAUGGCGACCGCUCCAGCAACGUGAACCUCCAACGAAUUGUCGCAGUGAGCGUGAGAGACUGAAAAACACGUUCUGUGUCAAGGUCAGGGGAUCUCGAGCACCCGCGGUGCUCCGCUAAUCGAUAGAGUGUUCGACGUAGAGAAAGAAGUGGGGCUGACACGCUCGUUCAGAAACUGCCUCCUAUCGAUAAUACGUGCCAAGCGGUUAUGCAAAUUAUCAUCGGACUUCUAAAUCUUUCCCAAGAUGAUUAGACUUGGACUUUUCUCGACAAAGUUUUUACGCGAAUUGUAUUUAUAUUCAGUAUUUUCUACUCGCGUUAAACUGGCUAGAAUAGUGGACUUUUGAUAUAAUAGUUUGAGUUUGGGGGGAUGGAUUCGUUACAUCGGUUCGAAACACAAGCAGAUAGACUUGCUAGAAUUUGUGCGAUGUGAACUCUUUACUCUUCUAAUAAUUUGUAUAUAUUUACUUGAUUCUACAUGUGGCAUGCGUAAAGACGUAACAGCUGUCUAUGUUGCAUUUUGUAUUAUAUAUUAACCUUUUGCGCUGGAAUGGCGUGCCACGCACGUCAAGAAUUUUUUU